AUGGCCAGCAUUGCCGCUACCCUAGCCAAGGACAAGAAAGCAGCCCUGGGUGUUGGAACUAUUACAAACCCAGUAAAGUAUUUAAACCAGGACUAUGAGGAGCUGAAGGCAAAGUGCUUGGCAUCUGGCACUUUAUUUGAAGACCCAACUUUCCCUGCCAGUCCGCAAUCCCUGGGGUACAAGGAUCUGGGUAAGGAAUCAGACACAGAAGAUGGAAUUGUGUGGAAAAGACCCGCGGAAAUAAAACCCAAUCCCCAGUUCAUUGCAGAUGGUGCAACACGCGGUGAUGUCCGGCAAGGAGCUCUAGGUGACUGCUGGCUCCUUGUCUCCAUUGCAUCGCUCACCCUGAAUGAAGAGUGCCUGUGUCAGGUCAUGCCCAAAGACCAGAGAUUUGACACAAAAUACGCAGGAAUCUUCCACUUCAAGUUCUGGCAGUAUGGAGAAUGGGUGGAUGUGGUUGUGGACGAUCGCUUGCCCACCAAGAAAGGAAAACUGAACUUUGUGACAUCUUCAGCUUCUAACGAAUUCUGGAGCGCCCUUCUGGAAAAGGCCUAUGCCAAGAUCAAUGGCUCAUAUGAAGCUCUGAAGGGCGGGAGGUCAAUAGAGGCUUUGGAGGAUUUCACUGGUGGCGUUGGUGAAGCAUAUAAAUGUGCAACUGCGCCUAAGGAUCUGUUCCAGAUCAUCCACAAAGCGCUGACGGUGGGGUCCUUCGUCACCUGCAGCACAGUGAGUACUAAGAUCAAAGGAGAAAGUGUGACGAGCAGCAAAAUUGUUAUGAACCAUGCGUAUUCAGUGACCGGGGCAGAGGAGGUCGCCAAUCGCGGGAAUAGCGUGCAGAUCAUCAGAGUGAGGAAUCCGUGGGGUUAUAAAGAGUGGACAGGAGCCUGGAGUGAUAGUGCCCCAGAAUGGGAGGAGGUUAACCCAAAAGUGAAAGCUAAGCUUAGUCCCAACAAGUGCGAUGAUGGUGAAACUUGGAUGCCGUUUUCUACUUUCCUAGUUGAGUUUAACCAAGUGGAUAUCUGUAACCUCAACCUGGACACCAUGCGCCGUGAUGAGACUCACCGGUGGUUUUUAACAGAUUUUAAGGGGAGCUGGACGGCCGGCAGCAAUGCAGGAGGAUGCCCGGUCAAUGCAACAUUCUGGACCAACCCGCAGUUCCGUAUAACCCUGGAGGACGUCGAUGGUGACCACAAAGGAAACACAGAAGCACCUAGCUAUGCGGUUAUUGUGUGCCUUAUGCAGAAAGGGCGCAGGAGGAAGCUACCACAAGGACAGGGUUCAUUUAUGAUUGGUUUCUAUAUAUAUAAGACUGCCUCCGAGGUCCCGAUGGGGAAGGAAUUCUUCCAGAAAAAUGAAUAUUUUGCCCGCAUAGAUAUUUACACCGACACCCGCGAGGUGUCAAACCGGUUCCUGCUUCCUGCCGGGAAAUACCUGAUUGUUCCAACAACCUACAACCCCAACGAACAAGCCGAAUUUUGUCUUCGAAUCUUCACAGAGAAAAAUGUUUCGGCUCUGGAGGCUGGAAAUGUGGUGGAUGCAGAUCCCUACGAGCCCGAAUUUUGCUCACCUCCAGAUACAGAAUCUUCUGAUGGAUGUGAGGAUGAGGCUGCAGAGGAAGGUGAAUACAACGUGGAGGAGGUGAGGAGCGUCCUGAACCAGAGGUUACUGGAGUGUCCUGAAAUCAAAUCUGACGGAUUUUCUCUGAGAACAUGCCGGGAAAUGAUUAAUCUGAUGGAUCUGGACAAUACCGGGACCCUGAGUAAGGAAGAGUUUAAGCUCCUGUGGAUGAAGCUGGAGAAUUACAUGAAAAUAUACCUCGAAGUAGACAUCGACCACUCAGGAACUAUUGAUGCCUAUGAAAUGAGAAAUGCGUUGCAGAAAGCAGGCUUCACCCUCAACACCCGGAUUCAGGACGUCAUUGCCCGGCGCUAUGCUACUAAGGAUCUGUCCAUUCAUUUUGAUGAUUUCAUAGCGUGUAUGCUGCGCCUGGAGACCCUACUCAAAAUGUUUAAUUUCCUGGAUACAGACAAGAGUGGAAAGAUCAGUCUGUCCGUCUCUGAGUGGCUCUGUGCUGGACUGAUCUGAAGGAUGAAGACUAAAUUAGAGAUGGUGCUGACUUCUGCGAAUUAGAUCUGGCUUCAUUUUCGUGUUUUGGUUUUGGUUCUGGUUCUACAAAACUAUCCUCACUUGUUUUGGUUUUAGAUCUGUGUUUAAAAAAAUCAAUG